UACUCUCCCUCUCUUCCUCCCAUAACUCGUUCUGUCGACACCGUGUCUGAUCCUGAAGAAGUGGAAAAUGUAAGUUUGGGCGAGUGAACAGAGAGCCCGUGGCUGCAGCACCAUGAAUGUGUGUAACAGAACUGAUCUUCCUGAGGUGGAAAUCAUCAGUUUGCUUGAGGAGCAGUUGCCUCAUUAUAAGUUGAGAGCUGACACAAUAUAUGGCUAUGACCACGACGACUGGCUACACACGCCUCUCAUCUCACCCGACGUCAACCUCGACCUGACCACUGAACAGAUCGAGGAGACCCUCAAAUAUUUCCUUCUAUGUGCUGAUCGAGUGGGCCAGAUGACUAAGACGUAUAAUGACAUAGAUGCUGUGACACGUCUCCUGGAGGAGAAAGAGCGGGAUUUGGAGUUGGCGGCUCGUAUUGGCCAGUCUCUGCUGAAAAAGAACAAAACCCUCAGCGAGAGGAACACCUUCCUGGAGGAGCAGGUGGAGCACAUACGAGAAGAGGUGUCUCAGCUGCGUCAUGAUCUCUCGAUGAAGGAUGAGCUCCUGCAGUUCUACACAAGUGCAGCUGAGGAGAGUGAUGGAGAAUCUGCUUCUACCACACCUAUUCGCAGAAAUGACUUGUCUUUCACGGUCCCGAAUUACCUCCCUCUGGAUUCACUGCAGAAGAAACUCAAAGACCUGGAGGAAGAGAACAUCAUCCUGCGAUCGGAGGCAAAUCACUUGGAGACAGAGACCAUCUCGUAUGAAGAAAAGGAGCAACAGCUUGUAAAUGACUGUGUUAAAGAGCUCAGAGAUGCUAAUAUACAGAUCUCCACGAUUGCGGAGGAUCUGGCUAAGAAAACAGAGGAUGCCUCUCGCCAGCAAGAGGAAAUCACACACCUUCUCUCUCAGAUCGUCGACCUGCAGAAAAAAGCCAAAUCUUAUGCACUAGAAAACGAAGAGCUCACUCAGCAUCUGGGAGCUGCUAAAGACGCCCAAAGAGCACUAACAGCAGAGCUGAGGGAGCUGGAGGAUAAGUAUGCUGAAUGUAUGGAGAUGCUUCAUGAAGCUCAGGAGGAACUGAAGAACUUCAGGAAUAAAACGCUGCCUCUCAGUACACCGCGACGAUUCCACUCGCUCGGCCUCUUCCCCAUGGACUCUUUAGCUGCUGAAAUUGAAGGCACCAUGAGGAAAGAGAUUCAAAUGUCUGAUCCAGACGUAGAGGAACAAAGGUUGCACCCUAAACGUGUCUUUGAAACAGUGCGUAACAUCAACCAGACUGUUCGGCAGCUCUCCAUGGGCCCGUCCCCUAUGAACAUCCCAGGGUCCAAUCAGACAUCCUGUGUGAAUUCCAGGCGUUCUAGUUGUCUGAGCACACCCAGAUCGAGCAUGUACGGAGGGGAUGGUGUUGAAAUGGACAACCGCACUAACAGUAUGCUGAUGGAAACCCAGUCAAAUCAGGAUGGCUCUGAUGACUCCAACAGAAAGCCUGGCACGCCUGGCACACCUGGCUCCCGUGACCUGGAGGCGGCACUGCGGCGUCUUUCCCUUCGACGGGACAACUACCUUAGCGAGCGGCGUUUCUUUGAGGAGGAGAGAGAGCGUAAACUCAACGCCCUGGCAGAAGAGAAGAGCGACUUGUACGAGGAGAGAGAUGGUGGGAGUGGCAGUGAAGACGGCGGCCCCCUCACUCCGGCAGAUAGCAUCAUGUCUCUGGGAACCCUGCACUCGGUUUACUCCAUCUACAGCACCCGAUCCUACCUGCCGGAGAAACUCCAGAUCGUCAAGCCUCUGGAAGGUUCAGCCACUCUGCACGCAUGGCAGCAGCUCGCUCAGCCCCACCUGGGCGGCCUCCUGGACACACGGCCGGGUGUCGUGACCAAGGGCUUUCGACCGCUGGAACUGGACCUGGAGGAGGUGUACCAAUUCACCGACCUGGAGGAAGAUGAGCCAGGACAGCAUUCCCAAUCCGCCAUCUCUACCUCUUGCCUGGGCUCUCUGCCUUGUUCACCUGCAUUGCGACGACCUCGUGCCAACAAUCCUGAUAACCAGGAAGAGCAGCCCAGAGAAAAUGGAGGGUCCCCUGUAGUGGGGCCAGAUCAAAUGGAGGCUGGAGAGGAGGAGGUCUCAUCUGUGCAUUUCCCUGGUAAAUGUAUGUCUCACACCAGCUCCACGUACACCUUCACCACCUGCAGGAUCCUGCACCCUACAGAUGAACUCACCAGAGUCACACCAAGUCUCUUGUCAGGUCCAUCACUAGCUUCCUGUGUGAUGUCCAGCAGCAGUCUGUGCUCAACCCCUGUGUCCACCCCCUGCACGCCUCGUCGCCUCAGCCUGGCGGAGAGUUUCACCAACCUCCGAGACUCAACCAAGACCACCAGUACCUCUCUGGGACUAGUGCGCCUCCUACAGGAGAGAGGUAUAUCUGCUGCUGUCUAUAACCCUCUCAGUUGGGACCGGGCGGACCGAGCCCCUCCACCAUACCCCUGUUCAUCACACAGUGCCACCCCCACGCAUCCCGGCCUGGACACGCUCCCCUCCACCCCUCCAAACUCCCCCAGCAAGUCCAAACCCACUAGUCUUGUGCUCCCUGUAGACUACAGCCCCUCGGACCCCCCCUACGAAACCUUCCUGGCUUCACGGCCAGCCAGCUCGAUUCUGAAGGAAGUGCGGGAGGCGGACGAAAGGGCUCGGACAGAUACGCAGUGUCAGACUGAAGUCAGUGUGCAGAACUUGAGACUGGUGGACAAGGUGAAGAAGUUUAGCCUGGCUCCCAGAACUUUGACCCCAGGGAUCGGAAGGCCGGGACCACCGUUCGGGGCCCACGCUGUUGUGACUUCCCCUAUCAGGGGACUGCCAGUGCUGAACUCAGGGAUGAGAAGAAACCGCAGUUACCCAGCUAUGGUUGGGGCUAGUAUGACUAUGAAGGGCCCAGGGCCACCCAGACAAACUAGCCUCAAUGAAAAGUGAAUGUUGCCUCUCUGUCGUCCCUUUUGGCUUUAUUUAAAUUUGCAUUGAUACAGUAUAUCAUCCCUGCAACAAACUAGAGUGCCUGUUAAGAUGAUAUUUGUAUAGAUUAUUUUGUUAUAACAGUUGCUAUAACAACCUAUUUUUGUCUAUUUCUGUGUCCAUCUGACCAACAUAUAUAGAGUACAAUUCAUUCAGCAUUGUCACAUGUCUUGGUAUAUUCCAAGCUUUUGU